AACCCUCUCCUCCAAGUGGUAACGAGAGAGAGAGAGAGAUGGAAAGCGCAGCAGUGUGGCAAGGAGCGACGCUUUGUGGAAUUGUGGCAUGGAUUGUGUUAACUUCACGCCUCAAUGUGACCCUCAAGCUUAGAUCUUUCCUGCAGCCAUGGGUGGCCCGCCAUGUCAUCACCGGGACCCCUUUCAUCCUUCAGAUCCAGGUUCCAGUCAAAUUUUACUCCUAAAAUUCGCAACCCAGAUGCUCGUUCUUUUUGAAUUAUUCGCAUAUAUAUGGUAUUUUUCAAUUGAGUUUAAUUUUUUUUUCGGGAGAUUGGUGUGGUGGGUUUUGCAGAAAUACCAGCAUGGGUUUCUUGAUGCUCUGUUCUCUGGGUUGUCCUGUGUUGUGUCUGUUCCCUUUUACACUGCUUUUCUUCCUCUGCUCUUCUGGAGCGGGCAUGCCAGAUUGGCUCGGCAAAUGACCCUUUUGAUAGCAUUUUGCGAUUAUGUAGGGAACUCUAUAAAGGAUUCGGUAUCAGCUAUGAGACCCAGUUCACCACCAGUCAGGAGAGUAACUGCCACGAAAGACGAGGAAGAUAAUGCGUUGGAAUACGGCGUGCCGUCUUCCCACACUCUUAAUACAGUUUGCUUAUCUGGGUACCUUUUGCACUAUGUCUUGUCUUAUCCUCAGUAUGAAGAUGCCUCCAUGAAAUUUGUUGGGGUUGCCCUUGUUUGCUUGCUUGUGGGCCUCAUUGGUUUGGGAAGAAUUUACCUCGGCAUGCACAGUUUGGUUGAUGUCAUUGGUGGUCUUGCCAUUGGACUGGUGAUCCUUCCGUUCUGGAUCACAGUUCAUGAAUACGUUGACAUUUUUAUAGUCUCAGGACAAAAUGUUACGUCCUUUUGGGCCGCCCUAAGCUUCCUGUUGCUCUUUGCUUAUCCAACUCCUGAGCUUCCAACCCCAAGCAUCGAGUACCACACAGCCUUUAAUGGUGUGGCAUUUGGAAUUGUAGCUGGGAUCCAGCAAACAUACCAUCAGUUUCACCAUGAAGCCGUUCCUCGUAUAUUUACCCCACAACUUACAAUCCCUACCUUUGUGGGAAGAAUGUUGCUUGGGAUACCCACCAUACUUCUUGUGAAGUUAUGUAGUAAGGCUCUCGCAAAAUGGAUUCUCCCUGUUGUGUCAAACACAUUGGGCAUCCCAAUUAAAUCAAGCGGCUACAUCCCAAAUCUAAAUGGAAAUGGGAAAAAAUCGGACGAGAUUAAACAAUCUGGUUUUAUCCAAAAGCUGUUCUUUUUCUCCCAACAGAGUACAUUUGAUGUUGAUACAGGUAUAAGGUUCCUCCAAUAUGCAGGCCUUGCAUGGUCGGUGGUGGAUCUUGUUCCAUCUCUUUUCUCUCAAGUGAGCUUGUAAUGCUUGGUUGCCCUUGUAGAGUAUGAACGCUCAUGGUAAAUCGUAUAUGUUUUUUUUUUUUCCUUAGAAAACAUACUUAUAUAUUAAUAAAACCGACACAUUUCAUAUA